AUGGCGCGCCCGUCUCCCCGCGACAUCGGCCUCGCGUUCGAGACGCACGCGCUGCGCUUCCUCAACUCGACACUACAUACCAGCCUUGCGCAUGUCGGCGGGGCAGGCGACGGCGGCGUCGACCUGCGCGGGUUCUGGUGGCUCCCGCGCGCGCCGGGCGUCGUCGCGCCGGCGCUGCGCCCGAGCGGCCUGCCAUACGUGCGCAAGAUUGUGCCGCAUCGGUUGAUCGCGCAGUGCAAGGCUGAGAAACGCGUGCUUGGCCCCCGCGCGGUGCGCGAGCUGGAAGGGGUGAUGGCGCAUCUUUCGGGCAAGCGCGCGCCGCCUUCCCUCGCGGUCUUGCUAUCCCAGUCCGGCUUCACGCCCGCCGCGAUGGACCACGCGACUCGCACCCCCGCGCCGAUGCUGCUGCUGCACUUGCCUGGUGGACGAGUCGGCGACGAGGAAGCCGACGUCGAGGUCGCUGGCGCGUGGUGGAACGCGGCGUUCACUGCCGUGCUGGGCCCACUGGGUGUCGAAAUACGGCGCGAGGUCGCGCUGCGGAGCGGGGUGGCUAGCGUUGGGGUGUGGUAUGAUGGCCGGAGGAUGGAGAGGUUCGGGCCUCCACCGGAGCAGUAG